AUGGAUCCUAACAGCGGGAAGGGAUCGCUGCCAACGUCCAGCUCUAGUGGAGCUUGGAAAGCUGAGGACCUUGUUGACGAUAAGUUUCCAGUAGGAUUAAGGGUUUUGGCUGUUGACGAUAAUCAAACAUGUCUCUUGACCUUGGAGAAGAUGCUCAUGUCCUGCCUUUAUGAAGUUACAAAAUGCAGUGAUGCUGAGACAGCAUUAUCCUUGCUUCGGCAGAACAGAAAUGGAUAUGAUAUUGUUUUAAGUGAUGUACACAUGCCAGACAUGGAUGGAUUUGAACUUCUUGAACAAAUUGUGCUAGAGAUGGAUGAUCUGCCAGUUGUCAUGAUGUCUUACGACGAGGAAAAAAAUAUGGUCAUGAAGGGGAUCACUCAGGGUGCUUGUGAUUACUUGAUUAAACCAGUUGGCAUAGAGACACUGAAGAACAUAUGGCAGCAUGUGGUUCGGAAGAAAAGGAACGCGUGGAAGCAUUUGGAGCAAUCAGGAAGCGUUGAAGACGGAGAUAGACAGCACAAACAAUCCCAGGACACAGAUUAUUCAUAUUCAGCCAAUGGAGGAAAUUGGAGAAACUCAAAAAAGAAGAAAGGCGAGGAAGAAGAAGCAGAGGAAAGGGAUAAUACUUCUACUCUAAAGAAGCCAAGAGUGGUUUGGUCGGUUGAACUCCACCAGCAGUUUGUUGCAGCUGUUAAUCAACUAGGCAUUGACAAAGCUGUUCCUAAGAAAAUUCUAGAGUUGAUGAAUGUUCCUGGGCUUACUAGAGAAAAUGUUGCUAGCCACCUCCAGAAAUAUCGUUUGUACCUCAGAAGAUUGAGUGGGGCUUCACAACACCAGAGCAAUUUGAACAACGGUUUUAUUUGUCCCCAAGAAGCAACUUAUGGGCCAAUGUCCUCAUUCAAUGGAAUUGACCUUCAAACUCUUGCUGCUACUGGUCAGCUUCCAGCACAGAGCCUUGCCACGCUACAAGCAGCUGGGCUUGGUCAGUCUAGAAUUCCCAUGCCCAUGGUUGACCAAAGGAACCAUUUCAGCUUUGAAAAUCCAGAAUUAAGAUUAGGAGAGGGGCAACAACAGCAAUUAAGCAGUAGUAAGCUGAACUUACAUGGAAUCCCAACAACCAUGGAGCCAAAGCAACUUGCAAAUUUGCACCAUUCAGCGCAACCUCUUGGAAGCAUGAAUGUGGAAGUUAAUGCCCAUGGUGGUCAGAAUAAUUCAUUGCUCAUGCAAAUGUCUCAAUCACAGUCUAGGGGGCAGACACUAAAUGAAACCACUGGCAGCCAUCUUCCUAUUCUCCCAUCAUCCAUGGCACAGCCUGUUCUAUCCAAUCCAGUUGUUAGCGAGGUGAUAGCAAGAAAUGGUUUAGCUGAGAACGGUAGAGGUAGUGUAUAUAAUCUAGUUUCACAAUCAUCUUCAAUGUUGAAUUUCCCCUUGAACAGCGCAGCAGAAUUAUCAGGUAAUAGUCUUCCCCUGGUAUCCAGCCUCACAUCUAAUCCAGAAAUGAAAGGAUCUGUAGGAUUCAUGCCAAGUUAUGAUAUUUUUAGUGAUUUGAAUCAGCACAAAUCCCAUGAUUGGGAACUAGGCAUGAACUUCAAUGCAUCCCAGCAAAACAACUCUCUGCAAAGCAAUCUUAAUGUUGGGCCAUCAGUUUUACCUCAUCAAGGGUUUUCUUCAAGCCAAAGGAUAGGCCUGAAUAUAUCUGCUGUAGGCAAACCCAUGUUUACAGCUGAGGAUGCAAGUGCACAUGUAAAUGCACAACAUUUUGGACAAGUGAACACCUUUUUUUCAGAUAAUUCAGCGAGUGUUAAGCCUGAAAUUGUUUCUGAUGCAAGCUGUCAGACUACCCUUUUCCCUGAACAGUUUGGCCAGGAAGAUCUCAUGAGUACACUUCUAAAACAACAGCAGGGAGGUGUACCAGCUGAAAAUGAGUUUGACAUUGAUGGGAGUCCCUUGGAUGAUAUUCCUCAGUAGCAUUUCCUUCAGCUCUUUGAGCUUCUGACAAUAUAGCUGUUACAGAUGAACUGAUUUAUCUCUUCUGCAACUAGAGGGGAGCAGUUCAAAUGAGUGUUUUGAUCGGCAGACAGGAUUUCUUCAUUUCAGUUAGCUGCAUUUCCUUUCUGUAUAUGAUGACGUUCGGUUGGUUUAGAAAUGGGAAGAAGUUGAGGUGAAAUAUUUAGGUAAUGAAAUACUAAGGCAUAGGUGCAAAAUUUUGGCUGCAACUUGGUUGGAAAAUCUAGUGAGAAGCAACUAAUUUUAGGGUGGUUGUGGAGAAUCCUAGAAUAACUUCUUAGACAUCUGCAGAAUUUUUAAGAGUCUAGCUAACUCUAGUAGCAGAUGGAGUUUUGUUUUUUAAUCAUUUUUAGUUAAUAAUUAUUAUUUAGGAAAUUGACCUUGAUGUACAUAUGCCAUUUGACGCUCUAGACAUUAAGUCUUGAGUAACUUCUUUUUUCC